AUGAGAAGGGACGGACUUGUCGUCGCCGUCAUCAGCGGCAUCGCCGCGCUGUCGCACAGCGUGGGAGCCGCAUAUGCCUGGCCUUCCAAGUACGACGAGAUUGAGGAUAUCCUCUCAUUACAGACGGGAUACCGCAGCAGGGGUUUCGUCGAAGGCGUGACCCCUUGCUCCUUUGGCGGCAACAUCGCCGGCCGCCAGUUCGCCGCCGAGUGGAUCCGCACCGCCUUCCACGACGUAGCCACCACCGACGCCGCCGCGGGGACAGGCGGCCUAGACGGCUCCAUCUGGUUCGAGGUCGGCCGCGCCGAGAACGGCGGCGCGGCCUUCAACAACACCUUCAACUUCUUCAGCAACCUCUACUCGAUCCGCGCCUCCGCCGCCGACCUGCUCGCCAUGAGCGUCGUCGUCGCCAACGCGGGCUGCGGUGGCGCAAAGAUGCCCUUCCGCGCGGGGCGCGUCGACGCCAGCGCCGCCGGGCCCGCGGGCGUACCGGAGCCGCAGACGCCGCUCGACACGACGCUGGCGACGUUUGCGAAAGCCGGUUUCAGCCAGAGCGAGAUGAUUUCGCUCGUGGCGUGCGGGCAUACCCUCGGCGGCGUGCACAGCCGGAAUAACCCGCACAUCACGGGCCUCGACCCGAGCCCGGACACGGUGACCAAGUUUGAUAGCACGUUUGACGACUUUGAUAACCGGAUCGCGACCGAGUACGUGCGGGGCAACACGUCGAACCCGUUGGUCGUCGGGCGCAACGAGACGCUCAACUCGGACAAGCACAUCUUCUCGUCGGACGGGAACAAGACGAUCAGGGACCUGGGUUGUACCAAGAACGGGUUCAGGACGGCGUGCGCCGACGUCUUUACGCGCAUGAUUGAUACCGUGCCCGCGACGGUGCAGUUGACGGAGCCCGUGGAGCCCGUCGAUAUCAAGCCCUACGUCACGCUGGCGCUGAGCGGCAACGGGAGCCUUGCGUUGAGCGGCUGGGUGCGCGUGAGGACGACGGAAGGGACGGGGCGGGACACUGGCGAUUUGGCCGUCCAUCUGAGCUUCGCAGAUCGAGGGGGCGAGGGUUCCGUUGUUGUCCCCGCGACGCUCGACGAAGGCGGCGUCACGCAUGGGCUCUGGGGCGAGACGUUCGCCUGGUACCAGUUCGAGACGGCCAUCAGCGCAGCGAGCGGUAUAAGCAGCUUCCUUGUCCACCUGACGACGCCCUCGAGCAACGCCACAUCCGUGUACAAGAACGACGGCAGCGGGUUCCCGCUAGACGACGCGCUGCUCUACCAGGCAGCCUCCUCUUGCGUCAACCGGACGAGCGUGAACAACGAGCGCACAUUCACCGUCACGGCCGCGGUGUUGAAGGAGCGCGCGGGAGAUGCCGUGACGAUGGACGUUGUGCGUCUCGUGCGGCGUUCCGAGGCGAUCCACAGGAGGCUCGACGUCGAGAGCGUCGACCUCGCGGCGACGGGCGAGGAGGAUAGCGGGUAUGCGCUCUUCCAAGCCCAGGUGCAGCUUGCGACGAGCGGCUGGAGCACCAGCUUCGAUCUUGUUUUGGGAGGGGAAAAGGAAGUUCGGUUUGACUUUCUGAAAACGCAAGCUUGUCCGCGUGUAUGA